AUGCCUUUCACCAAGACCGUCAAGAACGACGCCUACUUCAGUCGCUACCAGACUAAGUACCGCCGCCGUCGCGAGGGAAAGACCGACUACUAUGCCCGCAAGCGCCUGAUCACCCAGGCCAAGAACAAGUACAAUGCGCCCAAGUACCGCAUGGUCGUCCGUUUCACCAACCGCGACAUCAUCACCCAGAUCGUCUACUCCGAGAUCUCCGGUGACAAGGUCUUCGCCUCGGCCUACGCCCACGAGCUGAAGCGCUAUGGCAUCACCCAGGGUCUGACCAACUGGUCCGCUGCCUACGCCACCGGUCUGCUGCUGGCCCGCCGUACCCUCAAGAAGCUGGGUCUGGACGAGGACUUCAAGGGUGUCGAGGAGGCCGAUGGCGAGUACACCCUCACUGAGGCCGCCGAGACCGACAACGGCGAGCGCCGCCCCUUCAAGGCUUUCCUUGAUGUCGGUCUGGUCCGCACCUCCUCCGGUGCCCGUGUCUUCGGUGCCAUGAAGGGUGCCUCGGACGGUGGUAUCUUCAUCCCCCACUCCGAGAAGCGUUUCCCCGGCUUCGACAUCGAGACCGAGGAGCUGGAUGCCGACACCCUCCGCAACUACAUCUUCGGUGGCCACGUCUCUGAGUACAUGGAGACCCUCGCCGACGAGGAUGAGGAGCGCUUCAAGUCCCAGUUCACCAAGUACGUCGAGGAGGAGAUUGACGCCGGUGACCUCGAGGAGAUCUACCAGGAGGCCCACAAGGCCAUCCGCGAGGACCCCUUCAAGAAGGAUGAGGACGAGGAGCCCAAGAAGUCCAAGGAGGAGUGGAAGGCCGAGACCAAGAAGUACAAGGUCAACAAGCUCACCCACGCCCAGCGCAAGGCUCGCGUCCAGGAGAAGAUUCGCGAGCUUGCUGCUUAA